ACACCGGUGCCUCCCUCGCGUCCGGCUGCCGCGGAUCUGAGGGCCACCUGAGAGGCACCUGCGCAAGAUCCUCAGAUUUUCUCUGGGGAGCGGGCCGUGUCCUCAGGCCGGGCAGCCCCGGGGCAGCCACUGGACAGCCGCUCCCAAGAGGACGGGCGCCGCGACUCCCGGGCACUUGGCGGAGUCCGCGGGACGGCUCUCCGAGGUAGUUGGUCCUCUCCGGGUAGCCUUCGGCGUCCGGUGGCCAGCCGGGCAGAGUCCACGUGACUCCGGGGGGCAACAGGCAGGAGCAUGGCUGCCACCAGACCGCUGUCCCGCUUCUGGGAGUGGGGGAAGAACAUCGUGUGCGUGGGCAGGAACUACGCAGAUCACGUCAGGGAGAUGCAGAGCGCCGCACUGAGCGAGCCGGUGCUGUUCCUGAAGCCGUCAACCGCGUACGCCCCCGAGGGCUCGCCGGUCCUCGUGCCCGCCUACACCCGCAACCUGCACCACGAGCUCGAGCUGGCCGUGGUGAUGGGCAAGCGCUGCCGCGCCGUCCCGGAGGCCGCAGCCAUGGACUAUGUGGCCGGCUAUGCCCUGUGCCUGGACAUGACCGCCAGGGACGUGCAGGACGAGUGCAAGAAAAAGGGGCUGCCCUGGACUCUGGCCAAGAGCUUCACGGCCUCCUGCCCGGUCAGCGCGUUCGUGCCCAAAGAGAAGAUCCCUGACCCUCACAACCUGAAGCUCUGGCUCAAGGUCAACGGCGAACUCAGGCAGGAGGGUGAAACAUCCUCCAUGAUUUUUUCCAUCCCCUACAUCAUCAGCUACGUUUCAAAGAUCAUGACCUUGGAAGAAGGAGAUAUUAUCUUGACCGGGACGCCAAAGGGAGUGGGACCCGUUAAAGAAAACGAUGAGAUCCAGGCUGGCAUACACGGGGUCGUCAGUAUGAGAUUUAAGGUGGAAAAGCCAGAAUAUUGAGUGUAUACAAAGCACCCUAACUUCUUAACACGUUUCAGGGGGAAGGGGAACAAGACAAAAGCAAGAAAAGGUUAUUUAAUAUGAUAAUACUUUAAUGAGAAACCAAUUUUUUAAGAUGAUUGGAUUGCUAUGCCUCAACUCAAGGAAGAUGGACUGUCGGAGAAAAACUUGAUCUAGAAGAGCUGGGCCAGAAAUGGAAAGGAGAAGCAGUGCCUCCUAGGAAACAACAAGCCAAAUGUUCAGAAAACUUACUUUCCUUUCCUGAAACUGGACUGGAUAAGACUUCAGUGGGUCAUUCUGGGACCACGUGUUCAAGACUUAAAAUCUGCAAAGGAAAUGGAAAAGCACGUUUCAUCAGUGUUUCCCAAAGCCCCUUGAUCAUGAAAAUCAUCUGGAGGUAUUUGUAAAAGUAAAAAUUUCCAAAUUACUGGGCCAUCCCAGGCCUAAUGUAUUAAUUAAUGGAAUCAAUCUCUGGCACUCCAAGUGAUUCUUAUCAUGCAAAUGUGGAAAAACACUACUCCACAUAGUUAAUUAAAAGUUUUAUUUAAUAAGUGAACAAUUAAUGAAAACCUCACUUGUUUACUUAGGGUGUGUAUUCUGGCCCAUAGAUUCUGAGUUCAGGAGAUAAUUUUGAAACUAUUGUUUCCCAAAUAAAUAUGCUGUCUUUUGUGUGACCUAAAAGUGUACUUUUUUCCCCCCAAUAGUGGUUAGGAGGGACACAUCCUCAUUAAGGGGCUUCAGACCUUGGUCUUUGGCCUUUGGCCUCCAGAAUACUGUGCUUUAUUAACAGAGUUAAUCAGCACCUGUACCUCGCACCCAGCGAUAAGGAAGCUUCAGGGAAGUCAAACUGCCUCUGAGUGCUGCUUUUGCUCUCACCUGCUCCCUUCUCUGACAAAAAGCUAAGUGAGAUGCACAACACAGCUGUCAGAGUGCCUGGCGGAGUCCUUUAGGCUUAGGCAGGCAGGAGCUCCUGCUGUUAGCCUAAACAGAAGGCACCUGCUGGCUCCUAACAUUUAUUGAGCACUUAGUACUACUAGGCACUGUGCCAAGAGUUUUCUGUGUAUUAUUUAAUCCUCAACAAAACUGGAGGGUGGUAUUAUUACUACCAUCCCUGUUACACAGAUGGAGACAGAUUUAGAGGCUAGCCAGCCUGGCUGUAUGGUCACUCAGCUAAGUGGCAGAGCCAAGAUGUAACCCAGCCAUCCCAAGACCAAAUCCUGAAGUCUUUUUUUUCCGUAUUUUUUUUUAUUGAAGUAUAGUUGAUUUACAAUGUUGUGCCAAUCUCUGCUGCACAGCAAAGUGACUCAGUUUUACACAUACAGAAAUUUUUAAAAAAUAUUCUUUUCCAUUAUGGUUUAUCCCAGGAGAUUGGAUAUAGCUCCCUGUGCUAUAUAGUAGGACCUUGUUUAUCCAUUCUAAAUGUACAAAACCUGAAGUCUUGACCACAACGCAGGCUGCGUCUUUUAAGUAGAUAUAUUAGAAAGUUCAAAUGUUUAGGUAUUAUGCAACCCCCAAUUUAUAAUUUAUUAUGAGGAAGUGUCAUAGUUGGAUUUGUUUAUAAAAUGUCAUGCUAUCUUUUAUCUUUUUUGUUUUGUUUUGUUUUGUUUGGCCACAUCCGGGCCGCAGCAGUGAAAGCCCAGAAUCCUAACCACUAGGCCACUGGGGAACUCCCUUCUUUUAUCUUUUAAUAACAUUUCUUUUUACAAAUGCUUAAACAAUAGAUGUUUAUUAUAGAAGACUCAGAAAAUAUGUAUAAGCUAAAAACCAAAACACCCCAAAUUUCAUAUGCAGAGACAGUCCAAAUUAAGCAUUUGGUGUACUUUCUUACAAAUCUGCAGAUGUAAUUGUGAUCUUUUAAAUAGAAUUUGUUCAUAUCAUACACUUUUCUAACCUUUUUUCACUAUAUAUCAUGACUGUCUUUUCAUGUCAGUCAGCACAUUUCAGUGAUUGCAUAUGAUGAAGUCAGUCCUCCAUUUUUGGUCAUUGAGAUAUUUUCUAAUUAUUUGCUAGUAGUUAUUUCCUUUGGCUAGGUUCCCAUAGUGGGAGAGAUGAAUCAAGGGUAUGCUUAUAUUGAGAGUUUAUUAGUAAAACUAUCAGAUAUGAGGUCCAGCUGAACCAAGUCUACCAAGCUGACAGAUCUGAAAGCAAGCUAAAGGUACACAGCAGGAGCAGUGUUCACAUAUGGCCCCCUUGGGUGAACAAGCCAGCAUCCAGCUAAUGUACGGUGCCCCUGAGGUCAAUGUUCACCCAGUGGUGGCACAAGCUUUGUCACAGACAGCUGCUAUCAGCAUUGCAGGUAUAGCACACAAACUCCUUGACUGCAGGAAUCAAAAAGAGAGAUACCAAUUCUCAUAAUUCCUGAUGUUGCUAAAAUCGCAAUAAUCCUAAUACCCAGAAAGUACAUUUUCACCAACUUUUAUUUUUGAAUAAAUUUAAACCUACUAUAAAGUUGAAAGACUAAUACAACAAACUCCAUAUACCCUGCACUAAAUUCAACAAUUGUUGACAUUUGCUAUGUUCAUUCUCUCUCUUCCCACCCCACACCCUGUGUGUAUACACACACACAAACACACACGUUUUGGAAAACUGAAAACUAAGUGAGUUGCAGAAACACUCUACCCUUUCAGCAUGCAUCUCAUAGAAAUAAGGACAUUCUCCUAUAUAGUCACAAUACCCUUAUCACAACUUUUAAAAAAUCCAUGAUAUUAUUAGUUCAUAUAGAGUAUAUGGCUUGACAUCUGUUCUUCUGGACUUUUUCUUUUUUUUAAUUGUUCAUUAGGCAUAUACUGUGAAUAUCUUUCCAGGUCGGUGCAUAUUUUCAUAACCACUUUUAAUGACUGUGUCUUAGAUCAUGUACCCCAGAAGCAGAGCCUUACGUGGGGAUAUUUGUUCACGUGAUUUUUAGGAGUGCUCUCAGGAGAAAGGAAGUGAAGAGGAAGUAGAAAAGGCAGGGAACAAACUAAGAAAGAACAGGGUCUCAGAACUGGAGAUGAGCUUCAGUCCACUGACCAUCCCAAGGGGAAGUCAUUGCCAGAAUCUGCUCCCCCACCUCUCCUGUAACUUCCCCAGGUAAUUCUCCAACCUUCAUAGAGGCUGAGGGCUAGGUGCCUACCAGAGAUCUGGGUGGAGCCCAACACUCCCCUAGAGAAGUGGUGCCCAACGUUUCUAGCACCAGGGACCGGUUUCAUGGAA